AUGUCGCCCUUAGCAGACAAUAACAAUAUGAAGGAAGCUUCUGCCCCUUCCAAAGACAAAGAUAAAUCAAGGGUUUUAAAGGCCAAGAAGGCAGUUAAAACCUCUCCACACUCCCACCACACACAGGUUAGCUGCCUUUUGGCAGCCCAAGAUACCAUAUCUUCCAGAGGCAGCCCAGAAGUCCUCCCAAGAGCGCCUCUAGGAGAAACAAUCCAGCUUCAUUACUAUGCCAUCCCUAAUUUCUCUCUGACAACUGAAUCUGCCAAGAAGAUGACAGAAAAUAACACACUUGUGCUCACUGUGGAUGUCAAGUCCAACAAGCACCAGAAGUUCUAUGUCACUGAUGUAGCCAAGGUCAAUACUCUGAUGGCGUAA